AUGCUGCGAUUCAUCAAUAACAGUAAGAGAAGUGAAGAUCACCGAGUCAAAGGACGUCUAAGUGUUUUAGAGAUAGCUAAGGCUGAGCAACUUGCCCUGAAAGUGACACAAUCAGAGUGUUUUGAUGGAGAGGGAGACCACCGGCUGUCAGGUAUGAUAGUGUUCAAGGACGAGAUGGGUCUCCUCCGUCUGAAAACACCUGUGACAUAUAGAGAAGACUCCUUGGGGUUCCGUUGUCCAAUUGUCCUGGACCAGCAUCACCCAUUAGUUAAGAAAUUGAUUCAUGUCUAUCAUCUGACUCUACAUCAUGGAUCGAUUGAUGUCGUGAUGAAUAAACUGAGGGAACAGUUCUGGAUUCUGUCGAGUAGGCGUGUGGUGCAAUCUGUCGUAAGAAAGUGUGUCAUUUGUCGCCGUUUCACGGCAAAAAGACUCGAACCCAAUCCCAUACCUUUGCCUGAGAACAGAGUGCGAGAUGCUGCUGCUUUUGAAGUAACUGGUGUGGACCUAGCAGGGCCUCUUUUCUUGACAGAAGAGCUAGUGAAAUCCCUGUCAACCGAUGCAUUUCUUGAAGCCCUGAGGAGAUUUAUUGUACGAAGAAGAAGACAUGUUACCAUUUAUUGUGACAAUGGGACGCAUUUUGUGGGGGCAUUUAAUGCCUUACGUGGACUGGACUGGAACGAGAUUGUGGAGCAAGGGGUCUCCAGUCGAAUAGAAUGGAGGUUCAGCCCUCCUCUUGCAGCAUGGCGGGGAGGAUGGUGGGAGAGACUCGUAAGUAUGGUCAAGGAAUUGUUGAGAAGAACACUGGGAAAAGCCUGUCUGACGUACGAAAAACUCUCCACAACUCUUUGUGACUGUGAAGCCGUUAUUAACACUCGCCCUCAGACUUACCUGGCUGAGGACACACAACAAGUGAUUCCCUUGUCCCCUGAUAUGUUUUUACGAGAUCUGAGGGAAUAUGGUGUAUCUGAUUUGGAUAAAGUGGACACCACAGCAUUGAAUAAACGAGUCAAAUACAGAAAACGCUUGCGACAAGAAUUGACACAACGUUUCCGUGUGGAGUAUUUAGGACAGUUGACUCGAGCAAAGGGUCCAAAGGCAUCGGCAGUGCCGGUGGCUGAGGGAGAUUUGGUUUUUGUUGGGAACGACAAUAAGAAAAGAGUGGACUGGCCCCCAUGA